CAGUCUUCUCCGGCAACCACGUGUAUUUAAGUUGGAGUGUUUCUCUCAGCUGUUGCCACUGUUGGUGAGGUUUUCCAGGUCCGGGCGGCGGAGGUUCUCCGGGGCCGUGAGGACGUCACCAUGCCUAAAGCCCCAAAGGGAAAAACCAUAGGACGAGAAAAAAAGGUCAUCCAUCCAUAUAGUAGAAAAGCAGCUCAAAUUACAAGAGAGACCCACAAACAAGAAAAAAAGGAAAAAUUGAAGAAUGAAAAGGCAUUGCGUCUUAACCUUCUUGGUGAAAAGCUACAGUGGUUUCAAAGUCACCUUGAUCCUCAAAAAGCAGGCUAUUCAAAGAAAGAUGCUUGUGAAUUAAUUGAAAGGUAUUUAAAUCGAUUCAACAGUGAACUAGAGCAGAUUGAAUUACAUAACAGCAUCAAAGACAGGCAAGGAAGGCGGCACUGUUCCCGGGAGACAGUCAUCAAGCAGACAAUGGAGCGUGAGCGGCAGCAGUAUGAAGGAUACGGCCUUGAGAUUCCAGACAUUGUAAAUGCAGGUAAUCUGAAAACUUUUAGGGAAUGGGAUUUUGAUCUGAAGAAAUUGCCAACCAUUAAAAUGAGAAAAAUUUGUGCUAAUGAUGCAGUUCCCAAGAAGUGCAAGAAGAAAACUAUUAUAACCGUAGACAAGAAGAAAACUAUUAUAACCGUAGACAAAGAUUUAGGGGAAUUGGAGCUAAAAGAUGACUCCAGUGACUCAGAUGAGGAAAUGACUGCAGUGGCCUAAUUGUCCUUUAUUUCAGUUGAAAGUAAAUAAUAUGAACGUUAAGUUAUAUUUGAACUGAUUAUGGUAAAUAACUGUCUAGAUACAAGAAUUUGCUAAGUAGCUUAUCUUUUUUCAUGAUGAAAAUCCCAUUUACGGUUUCAAAAAGUGUUAUGAUUUUCACUUAAAAAGUAAGUGUUGCUUUUCAUUUAUUGCUAAAUGAGAUAUAAUGAAAUAAAAGCACAGUCUAAGAUCCAUUUAACCUGAAUUUCCCGAGCAUAGGGAGUGAUCUGAAAAAGGAAAAAAAAAGUUUUAAUUCUUUUCAUGUUCACCUUGGAUCACCUACUGUCAUAUUGUGGGGUAUGUACAGCUACAUGUUUUCUGGAAGGGUCCCAUGCAUACUUCUUGAGCAGUGGUGAUUGCAGAAUUGCCUUUCAGUAAUAGUGUUCCACUAAUCUUCCUCUUAAAUUAAACUUAUUUUCUUUCCUUGUAAGAUAGGGGAAAAUGUGGUAUGGAACAAAUACACACUGGUGGAUUGUACGUUAUUUUUAUUAUCUUUGCACCAGAGUUCAGUGGUAAAGAAAAAAUGUUGACUAUUUUCGUGGUGUUAGUCUCUCACACAUAAUUUGUUACCUUUUGAUAAACGGUUGCAGGUUAGCUCUUUCUGUUUGAAUAUUUUCUGCUUUCUCAUGAAAAAUGAUAGGUUUUAUCUGUGGAAACAAGAUCAAAGAAUCAGUUACUGCGAUUGUGUUAUUCUUCUAAGAGAUACAGUAAAUGACAUAUAACUCAGUUUUUCAAGUAUCAUGAAGAACAUGAAUGUAUUAGAAUGUUCUUUAUAGGACUUGUUAAAUGCAGUUAUCUUUUAGGCUAUUUUCUAAAGGAUACAAUGGAAGUGUAUUUGAGUAUUUUCAAGAAAAUAAAUGUAAAACGAUGCUAUAACUAGAUAUCAACUAAGUCUUGUUAACAAUUUAUUUAAAAUGUUACAGCUUUUUUUUACUAUUGAAAAUUAAAAAUAAAAUUUAUUUCCAUAAUUUCA